AUGAGCGUGCUUUGGUGCAAUAUCCACAGUGCACCCCAAGCGUCUCUAGAGCUGGGAUUCGCGUAUGGUUGUCGUACAGCGCUGGUGGUGCUGUACAAGAAAGAAACACACACGCAAAGGCUUUUCCGAGCGCACAGCAAUGAAGUUACAAGACAAGCACGAAGGUCGGCAAUUCUUCUGGUAUGGAAUGCAAACGACGAACCACUUGGCAAGCGGUUUGAAUGCCUCAAAGGCCAUCAAGUUGCAGUGAAUUAUAUCGGUCUUUCUCACGAUGGCAAGCUGGUGGCUUCUUUGGGUGCGGACAUGUACAAACUAUUUGCGUAUGGUCGGCUCGAAACACAUCAAUCUAAGAAGCCAGGGCAGGCUCUAAACGACGACAAUGCUUGCUACACGUUGGUCAGCUGUGGUGUUCGACAUAUGCGCUUUUGGACCCUCCCAAAGACCAGCUAUGUUCCUCCUCCUUCCAAGAUUAAUAAUGACAGUGCUUUUUAUGGGUCCACCUUUGGCUGUCCUCCACGAUUUCGUCCUUCGGCUCCGACUAAGAAAGAGUGGAAGCUGAAGGGCAACGUCCCGUCAUUCCAUGGGCGCUUCGAGGUCCAAGACUUCACAAUCGCGAUACAUACCACUGAUCAUUCUCUCGGCGGGAUUGUAGCAGGUACAGCGAAGGGGGAUCUGUGCUGGUUCUUGCAACCAAAAGCUAGCCCUGAUGUUGAUACCGUUUGGGAGCGCGAUUCACGACAGGAUCCCGCAAAAUGGUGGGAAAUCCCGGAUGAAUAUACCGAUGCUGAGAUAAUCGAACUCGUGUUGGAAAGAAAAACUUACGAACUCACUGGAAAGCUUGUUGAUGCUAUACCUCACGAUCAAGAAACGGGCAAUCAGUUUAAGCUACCAAAACAAACUCAGGUAGAAAUGGAAGGAUUGUCCAAGAAAUUGGCACAGUGGCCUAACGCGACAGCGUUGCAUUCGCGUUUGGACAAAUUGAAGUAUAGUGGACCCCUGGUCCACCAUGGAGCAACUUUCCAAGUGGCGUACUCGAAGAAGCUCAAUUUGAUCAUGUCCCCAUGCGAAUUCCUGGAGUAA